GGUCUUCUCUUGCCUUCCAGUUUCUCCUGAACUCCUGCAGGCACUGUUCUUCAGGAGUCCUUCCCAAUGAGAGGAUCCGCAACAUCGGGAUCUCGGCCCACAUCGACUCGGGGAAGACGACGUUAACGGAGCGAAUCCUCUUCUAUACGGGCAGGAUAGCGCAAAUGCACGAGGUGAAAGGUAAGGAUGGAGUUGGAGCUGUCAUGGAUUCAAUGGAGCUAGAGCGACAGCGUGGAAUCACAAUUCAGUCUGCAGCAACAUACACCAUGUGGAAGGACACCAACAUCAACAUCAUAGACACACCAGGACAUGUGGAUUUCACAAUUGAAGUGGAGAGAUCUUUGAGAGUUCUUGAUGGAGCUAUUCUGGUUCUCUGUGCUGUUGGAGGAGUUCAGUGCCAGACAAUAACUGUGAACAGGCAAAUGAAACGUUACAGUGUGCCAUUUUUAACAUUCAUCAAUAAACUGGACAGACAGGGCUCUAGUCCAGCCAGAGCAGUACAACAAUUGAGAUCCAAGUUAAAACACAAUGCAGCUUUUGUUCAGAUUCCAAUUGGGCUGGAGGGAAACUUUAAAGGAGUUAUAGAUCUUAUUGAAGAAAAAGCUAUAUAUUUUGAUGGUGCACUUGGCCAGACUCUCCGGUAUGAUGAAAUUCCAGCUGAGUUUAGAGCUGAAGUUGCAGAGAGACGUCGGGAGUUGAUCGAAUGCGUUGCUAACUCAGAUGAUCAGCUUGGGGAGCUGUUUUUGGCAGAAAAGAUUCCUACAGCUGCUGAGUUAAAGCUUGCAAUCAGAAGAGCAACACUGAAGAAGUCCUUUACCCCAGUACUUGUGGGAAGUGCGUUAAAAAACAAAGGAGUACAGCCCUUGCUGGAUGCUGUCCUGGAAUACCUUCCCAAUCCUUCAGAGGUUGAGAACUAUGCUAUUCUUAACCAGGGGGAUUCUGAGGACAAAACCAAGUUCCUAUUGAACUCCACUAGAGAUGAUUCCCAACCUUUUAUCGGCCUUGCUUUUAAACUGGAGGCUGGCCGUUUUGGGCAGUUAACCUAUAUUCGAGUUUAUCAAGGGAUGCUGAAAAAAUCUGAUUACAUCUAUAACACCAGGACUGGGAAGAGAGUGCGUGUGCAAAGACUUGUCCGUAUGCAUUCAGACAACAUGGAGGAUGUAAGUGAAGUUUAUGCAGGAGACAUAUGUGCAUUGUUUGGAAUUGAUUGUGCUAGUGGGGAUACGUUCACGGAUAAAACUAGUACGGACAUUUCCAUGGAAUCAAUUCACAUCCCUGAUCCUGUCAUUUCAGUAGCUAUGAAGCCUUCCAACAAGAAUGACUUUGAUAAAUUUUCAAAAGGCCUGAACCGGUUUACAAGGGAAGAUCCCACUUUUAGAAUCCAUUUUGAUGAUGAGAGCAAAGAGACCAUUGUUUCUGGAAUGGGGGAACUGCACUUGGAAAUCUAUGCCCAGCGAAUGGAAAGGGAGUAUGGUUGCCCUUGCACCAUGGGAAAGCCAAAAGUUGCCUUUAGGGAGAACAUCUCCGCACCUGUACCGUUUGAAUAUACGCACAAGAAACAGACGGGCGGAGCAGGCCAGUACGGCAAAGUUAUAGGUGUUCUUGAGCCCCUGGAUCCGGAGGACUACACAAAAUUAGAGUUUGAAGACAGAACCGUUGGCACAAAUAUCCCAAAACAAUUCGUGCCCGCUGUUGAAAAGGGAUUCCGAGAAGCCUGUGAAAAAGGUCUAGUGUCAGGGCACAAGAUAUCUGGAGUCCGGUUCAUCCUAGAUGAUGGUGCGCAUCACAUGGUGGACUCCAAUGAAAUCUCUUUCAUCAGGGCAGGAGAAGGAGCCCUUAAGCAAGCUAUGGAAAACGCCACUGUGCGAAUACUUGAACCCAUUAUGGCAGUGGAGGUGAUGGCACCCACUGAAUUCCAGGGAGCAGUCAUAGCGGGAAUUAAUCGCCGCCACGGAGUGAUCACGGGACAAGAUGGCACAGAGGGUUACUUUACUCUCUAUGCUGAGGUGCCACUGAACGAUAUGUUUGGAUACGCCACUGAACUGAGGUCCUGCACAGAGGGAAAGGGUGAAUAUACAAUGGAAUACUGUAAGUAUCAACCGUGUUUGCCCAGCACUCAAGAAGAAAUAAUUAACAAAUACCUCGAAGCAACAGGGCGACUUCCUGCAAAAAAGGGCAAAGCCAAGAGCUGACUUUUUUUCCUCUCUUGAGUACAUCGAACGGCUUUUCACAAUCUUCUCUAAAAACUCAGUUGCCCAAGCGAUAGCGAUCCAGGCUGCAUAAGUGCAGGCUGCAGUGGGACUUGGGCUUGUAAUUUCCUCACACUACCCUUCCUUUGUGGUAUUCUCAGAAGGCUCCAGGAGAUUACAACGGAAUUGUUCACAUGUAAAUGCUACUCAUGAACAAAAUAGAUAAAUGUUAUAACCCUGACAAUAAUUUGUCUUGAAAUUUGUCUUAAUCCACUUGUAUUAAAAUAAUUUUAUUUUUUUACUUGAUACAUCAUUAUUUUGUAACUAGGCUAGUUGCUGUUUCUUUGCUUUUGAAAGUUUGAAAAUCUUAGUUUAGGAGACUAAAUCUUCACUGCUGGACAGGCAGGAGGGCGAAUCAUCAUCCGAUGCUGAGCGGUUUCCACACGCGUGCCCCCAGCACAGACCCUGUGGCUCCCUCACUUGCAGCGGGCAGUCUGAAGAACCAGUGCCAGUUUUCCUUCCCUGUCCUAGGAGCCUCCGCAGUCAGAACAAACCGGGCAGAGUCGCCUGUCGGCGCAGCUUGCUUGUCACCACACCUGCUUAUGCUGGUGCUAUAAGGCCUUUGAAAUAGAGCCGAUAAUAAUAGACGUAGAAAUUAACUCUUUCCAAAGCUAUGAACAGCAUGGAUUUAUUUUAGGGGCUUGCUUUCUUGGCUCUUUGUUAGAAAACCAAACAAAAGAUUCCUUUUCC